AUGAGUGCAACUAUGACUGCAUCCAUUGGAAUAUCUGCUUGGCUUAGUCCUGUAGAAAUUGAUUCAAUGCCAGAACCUACCAGAAGCAAAGUCAACAGUAUACUAAAUGACUACCAUCUGACGGUUGUCAAUCUUCAGAGUGACAUUUCUUUUAAGAUUUCCUUUUAUGAAAAGACCAUUGAAGACUUGAAAGGAAAGCUAAGAGAGGAAACCCAGAAAUGUUUAGAACUAGAAAUGACAAACUUAAAGCACAAGACGCUAAUAAAUGAGUACUCCACAAGCAGAUCUGAUCCAAAAACGGUGAACCACUCUACCAAGCAUUGCGGAGGGCGCCAUGCUGCUAUUCUCAGGAGAAAAAUUCACUUCUUAACGGAAAAGGCUAAGCAAAUGGAACUAAAAGAACAGUCUUUAAAUGCACAGGUCAACUUUCUAACUGAAAACUACGAUAAAGACUCGAAGGAGCUCUGCACUAUUGUUGGAGAGUAUCUUACUGAAAUAUCGCUGUUGAGACAGCAGAUAGAAAGUAGCUCCUAUGAGAGCUUGAAUAAGAUUAAAAAGGAACUUGAAAUACUAAGAACAAAUGAAAGAGAGUACCAAGCUCAUAUUUAUGAAAAGACAAAGGAGAUACAUGGAUUAUAUUCUGAAGUUGUCAGUCUCAAAUCAAAAUGUGAUGUGCUGGAGGAGUAUAGGGUCAGAUACAAGAAUCUAAAUGAAGAAUUCAUGAGAAUUAGCGGCGAGUUGAGUGAGAGUAGAAUGAGAAAUGCAGAGAUGAAGGUGAUCAGAGACUGUGUUAUGGAGGGUGUAAGCGAGUUUAGCAAGAAUGUUCAAAUACUAAUGCACAAUUCGAUACGUAUAUUGCCAAAGAAUAGCACCGGUGAAGGAGAAAAUGCUGCAGAAGGAAACAUGAGACAGAUUAAAAGUACAAUACUGACAAUAAGGCAUGUCUUGGAGGCUAUUAAGGAGAACAAGGUGGAGAUAGAAGGGCUGUUUAGGAAUUUAAUGUGGACCUGCGAGGAGCAAAAUAAAAAGAUAUUGGAUCAGUCCAAGUUAAUAGACAAAUAUAAUAGCACCAGCGAGGAAGCUAGCAAUAAUAUUUUUGUCGACCAGAUUGAUUUGCUUAAAAUGGAGAAUGAGGCCCUCAAGACUAGGAUUGGAAGCAUUAAACCAGCCUCAGAUCUUUUAUCAGAGAAUGAGAGUGUACUAAGACAGAACAGGGUACUUAUUUCAGAUAUCGAGAAGAUGAGGGAUGAAAUAGACCGGCUCAAUUCAAGGCUGGCAGAAGCCAGAAGUGAGCCCAAAAGUGAUAAGGACGCCAAAGAUAGCAUUGGUAAAGAAAACAGUGCAAUAGGCAAGUUAAGAUUAACGAUUGACAAAUUAAAUGAGAAAGUCAUUGCGGCUGAAAGUACAAUCAAAAACCUCGAGGGCCAGAUAAAAAUGUACAAAGAGGAUGUAAAUAAUUUAGAAGACGAGAACUAUCAUCUUCUGGAAUCUAUUAACAAUGCAAACAACACGGCCAAUACCGAGGCAUACAUAAAAGACCUGGAAAGUCAGCUGUCCCGUUACAAAAGCGAUGUAAGAUCAAUAGAAGGCAGGUUUUUGCAGUAUAAAGAACUUUAUGAAAGCUUUAACAUUGAAGAGUCAAUGCGAAGGGCAAAGAUUAUGAAAGAGAAUAUCAGCAAGAAGAAUGCAUUGAUUGGAAAAAUGAGUGUCUUGAUUGAAAUGUAUAGGAAAACCAUCGAAAUUUACAGUAUGCCAAGAAACUAA